AUGGUUAUUAAUAGUCCUGAUCGUGCAAACCCCAAGCGACGCGAUAUUAAUUUUCCGCCUAACGUACUGAAUGACAUAGUUCAACGUUUAACUCGAUUAAAAAAGUUCUAUGAGGAGUAUCCGUCGCUGAAUUACUCCCCCGAAAAUCCAAACGACGCCUGGAAAAAUGAAACUCAAUGGUUAACUGAUUUAUAUGAACUGGCAAGAAAUUGUGCCGAUGCAUUGUCGUUCAUAUUAUUAAUGAUGGAUUAUAAUCUACCGGACACCAUUGCAAGUAUCCCCGAACGAUCACAGCCAGCGCUAUGGAAUUCUACUUUUGCGAUGCUCAUGACCGACGAACAAUCUAAAAAAAAUUGGAAGGAAUUAGUAUUGGCUAUAAUUCGCAGAGAAAAUAGACCACAGCUUGAUAACCUUAGUUAUUCUUUAGAGCAACGUUGCCGUUCUUUUUGUAAGGCGGCGGAUGUAAAAAUUUACCAGGCAUAUGAAGAGCUUCAGCAAGCCAAAAAUUCUCAAGAUGAGCAUGCAAAAUUCGUAUUUUUGGAAAGAUCAUUGAAGCUGUUCCUUGAAAAUAUUGAAAAUAUGACUUACGAUACCCUCGAAAAUAUAUGUCAUGAAUAUGAGCAUCUUCUUUUCCAUUAUGGUGCGAUAGAACUUGCUUUGAGCGGAUCACAGGCCCCUGGGAUCACUAAUCGUGCUCCCUAUCACGAUUUAGCUAUUGAAUGCAUGAAAUCAGCUGAAGUAUUUAGUCUAGGACUCCCUAAAAAGGUGACUCCGGAAUUACGAACCAAAGUUUUGCACAAAUCACUCAAUAUUGGAGCAAAAAUAAAAGAUAAGGAGUUUUUAUUUAAAGUAUACGAUGAGUUUCACAAAGAAGAGUCGAUUCGAGAUUUAUUUGAAGUUCCUGCUCCAUAUCUUGAGGAAUAUUUCAAGGAUAGCGAUUCAGACUCAAAAAUCGGGAAAUUAGGAAUAUAUUGCGAUUUUCUUAUCCGGCAUAAUCAACAUCUCAAAGCUGCCGAGAUUCAAUACCAUCUUGCCAACUCAGAAUAUAAUUUCAACUUGGAGAAACGUCUUGAAUAUUUAUCUCUUGCAAUGUCUUAUAUGAAAGCUGGGAUAGGGUAUAGUGCUCCCUCCAAUGCUAUGGAGAAACUCAAAGAAUACGAGGAUCUUCUUCAGGUUUGCACUCUGCUUCAAGGCCGACCGGAAGCUCAACAAGUGCUAAACGCAUUAAAUAGCAAGCUCUUAGAUAAACAGCAAUUAUGGGAUAACUUCAUUGAUCCUUACGAAUUAUAUGAUUGUACUUUGGAUUUGUUGACUGUAAGUGAGCCACCAGAUAUGGAUUUAGUGUCGAGUAUCUGGCAGAAUAUAAUACGCAAAGCCCGUUCUUAUGAAGAAUUAAGCGAUGAAGUAAUUAGGCUCGGAAGAAAAUAUUAUCCCUCGGAACUUUUAGUGUUUCCUCCAUGGCUUAUCUGUCGGAUUCUAGCAACUUUUUGUGUUAAAAAUUCUCACAAGCCAAAACCAGAUUGGAUUGUCAAUAUUUUCCUGCAAGUGAGAGUUCCAUACAACGAAAUAUUUCACAUUUUAGUAGAAUUACACUCGGAAAGGCCUCCGCCUCUUAAUCAAACCGCAGGUCUACGUUUAAUUCUUGAAGAGAUAGUUCACCUUAUCAAUCGAUGGAAAAAAGAUCCAAGUGCUACAGAUCUUGAUCCUCAGCAUGUAUGUGAAAUCAUCUCGAAUUAUACCGAACCGUCGCCGGGAAGUGGAGCAGAUCAGGCACUCAUGCAACAAUUUGUCUUGCUCAAAUCUGAAUUAUAG